AUGUACGAAAACCUCUACAAAUAUGCCACGGACGCCAUUGCUGAAAUUCUACCGAUAGACAAGAAUCUGUGCAAAGAGAUGGUAAAGUAUGCCCUCUCGCUACCGUCUGACCAUGAGCUAGAGUCUCAUUUUCUCGAUAUUCUAGGGCCCAGCGACGCAACUUUCGACAUUAUCAGAAACUUCAAGCAGAUCAAAGAAGAGGAGGACAAGAAGCGUCAAGAUGAAGAACGACUCCGAAAAAUGAGAGAAGAACGGGCAAAACCCUCUGCUGCUGCCGCCCUUGCUCCUUCCGGCAGCAAGGGGAAGAACGCAUGGGGAGCUGGACAAGAGAAAAGGGGCAAUUCAGGCGCCAGGCUCAAUGCUAAUAAGAACUCAGUCACCAUAUCUGAGCUUGCUGACGCAAAGCCCUCCGGCAAGGCUACCCAAGCUACUGCAAAGAAGCGGAAGAAAAAGAAUCUCGACAAUUUGAAGGACAUUGAGGCUGCUCUCAAUGAUCUCGAGGUAGAAAGUGCCGCCAGCGGCCUAGAUAAUGCUAUAAGCUCUCGUCGUGUUUGUAAUUGCAUGGCUACCAGGCAUCCUCUCUUUGAAGUUGCUCCUAACUGCCUUAAUUGUGGGAAGAUUAUCUGCUCAAAAGAAGGUUUGCAGCCGUGCUCAUUCUGUGGAAAAGAGCUUCUUCUGUCGAACGAAAAGAAGGAGAUAAUUACGAUUUUGCGGUCAGAAAGGGAUCAAAGUGACAACAAAAAGGAAUUCCAUCAUAUGGAGAGACCAUCUCUGGCAACAGGAAAGGCCAAGAAGGGCAUCAAGGUCUCAGUAUCCGCAGGUGAGAACCUUUGGAAGGCGCAGGAGGCAGCCUUGGCCGAGGCAGACGCUGAGCGAAAGAGGGUGAGCGCCAUGAAGGAAGAGGAGAUUAAGAAGAAGAAGGAACUCGAGGAGCUGCUUAAAGAGAUCGAACACUAUGAAAAGACUAAAGACAUCAACCCAGAUCUCCUAGAGGCUCAGAACAGGCUAAACACAUUGCUUAACUUUCAAGCUACUGGUGCCGAAAGAACCAGAAUAAUAGAUAAUGCUGCUGAUUUUGAGAUGCCCUCCGAAUCCAGUGCAAGCAUGUGGCUCUCCCCAGUGGAGAGAGCGUUGCAACUCAAAAAGCAGCAAAAGCUACACAGAAAAGCCGAGGAACAGAGAAAACAACGAAUUGGCAGAACAAAGAAAGUGGUGGAAAUGGUUAUUAAGGACGGGAAAGUCAAGAUGGUAGAGAAGCACAUUGAGACCGAAGAUACUGGGGAGGAUGACAGGGAAAUACAGGAGUUGCAAAACGAUUUACACAAUGAGAGGUUGGAGCAAGAAUCCACCAUGGCAAAGAAUGUGUGGGAUUACGAAUGUGAUGGAAAACGGUGGAACAGACCAGUGUAUUUGGGAAAUGAGAAAUCGAAUGGAGGGCAAGAUGUCACGGAUGCCCCCAAGCAUUCGAAGGUUCAGCCUGUUGAUAAGGUGGACAGUGAUGAACUUAUAGUCGCCUUGCCUUCGUGA